AUGGGUGCCACGCCGCAGCAGCGGGCUGCUCCUGACAGCGCACGCAUCGUUUUUCGCCUGCUCAGGCGCGACGACCUGCCGCAGCUGCAGGAGGACUGCGCGGACCUCUUCUCUUUCGGGCGCGACGUGCGUCUGGAGGCGCUGCUGGAGGCACCCGACCGCUGGUACUGCCUGGCCGCGACGGCAGCAGGCCCCGCCGCCGGCGCCGCCGCGGACCGCGUGCUGGGCUUUGUCGCGGCGGCCGUGGGGCGCGUGUCGGAGUUUCCCGAGGAGAGUGCGCUGCUCACAGCAGCGAUCGAACGGCAGCGUGUCGCGAACGGCAUCACUGGGAGCGCAGCCGCCACCACCACCACCACCGCCAGCAGCAGCAGCAGCAGCAGCAGCAGCAGCAGCAGCAGUAGCAACCCCGUGGACCGCAGCGGCGACAGCCCGUCAUCAGCAGCAACCAGCAGAGGCACGGAAAGCAGCAACCGCGAACAGGGCUGCCAGGCCGCGGAGGACCUGGUGGCAGAGGUGGUGCUGCUGGGGGUGCUGCCCGGCUGGCGGCGCCGGCGCGUCGCGACGCGCCUGCUUGCCCGGGCGCGCGCCUUUGCGCGCAGCCGUCAGUGCGCGGCGAUGUUUCUGCACGUUCAGGCCAGCAACACCCCUGCGAUCCGCCUCUACGAGCAGCAGGGCUUCCUGGACUCAGGCCUCAUGGCGGGCUACUACGAACAGCAGCAGGCGCCGCCGCCGCAGCAGCCGCAGCCGCCGCCGCCGCCCGCCUCACCCCCAGCAGCGGCAUCCACCGCUGACGCGGGCGCGGCCCAGGGCUGGUGGAGCAGCAGGGACGCCGUCCUGUACGUGCAGCCGCUGCAGCUAGAGCCCCGCCCCCAGCGCGCGCCCGCCGACGCGCCCAGCGCGCCGGUUGGUGCCGCCCCGGCCGCGGGCGCGUGGCCGGCGGGCCUGCCCCUGCCGCUGCCGCAGCUGCGGGCGGCGCAGGGGCUUGGGCUGCUGGCUGGGGACCCGUUGUCGGCUAACAGCGGCCGCAGGGGCGACGCCGGCAGCAGGGCAGCCGACCGGAUGGCGGAGGCGCUGCCGCCCAGCUUUGUGCGCAAGGCGGAGGGCCAGGGCGCGUCUGGCGAUGCGCCAAAAGCUGGCGGCGGCAGCUUGCAGGACAGUCGCACUAGUGCCACAGAGGAGUGUGUGAAAAUUGCAGCAGAUGUGGGAUCUCUGCCCGGCAGGCCAAACAGCGGUAGCAGCAGCACCAGCAGCACCAGCAACAUCAACAUCAGCAGCAGCCCGCAAGGGGGCGGAGCGCGGCCAGCGGCCUCUGUCCACCGCGGAGACCACAACACAUCGGUGUAG